GAAGAGGCUCCUUCAAGACUGGACCCGGGUAAAGAUAAAUAUGGCAGACCAUUCACUGAGGAAGAAGUAGAAGAUGUGAAGACUAUUCUAAAACUAAUUCCAAUAUUGAUUGUCAAUGGUUUUGCUGUAUCCUUUAAUGGAGAUAUUGUUGCAGACACUAAUAGGAAGUACUAUGGUUGCCUCGAGCUACGUGAAGGAAACAUAAUUAGUGGUGUGUAUGUUUUCAUCAUUCUCCUUCACCAGUUUAUCAUUUAUCCUUGCUUUUACAAAUAUAUUCCAAGCAUGCUGAAAAGGAUAGGAUUAGGAAUGGGCCUCAUUUUUGCUGUUAAUUUUUACUAUACAGUGCUAGCAUUUAUUGGCAACUAUCCCAUUGGGGAUUCAUUUCACUGUCUUACUGUGCUAGAUGGAAAGUCAGUUACCAUAACACACUCCUGGUAUAUCUUCAGUGAUAUAAUAGUGGGAGUUUUUCUAUACAUCAAUAAUGUUGUAUUAGUUGAAUUCUUCGUUGCUCAGUGUCCAAAGUCAAUGAGGGGGACUAUUGUAGGGCUAUGGCUCUGCUUGAGGAUUUUAAGAGCUUAUGGGAUUCUUUUAUUUCUACCAUUUCUUCAUUAUAUUAAGUCAGGAUUGCCACUGGAUCGUGGUUUCUAUUUUUUUCUCUCAAGAGAUAUAUUUUCUGUCAUUGCUUUUGUGAUUUAUGCUUUUCUUGCAAAACGGUACAAGUUUCGUGUAAGGGAAAAUGAGAUAAAUAUUCAUAUGAUUGCAGAGAAUCAUAUUAUUCGUAACAUUGAGCAAGAAGAAGAAAACAGGAUAAUGGAACGUGAUUAUGCUUCGAACAUUACAAUUACUGACAGUAGCUGA